AUGUCAUUCUUCGAACGAGCUCGAGGAAUGGUGGGUCAUCUCGACCCCACAUACGAUGUGGACACCUCUGACAGAAUGAAGUACGUCUACACACCGUGGAUUCUUUGCGGAACGGCAUUUCUCGUCUUUGCGAAGGAAUACGUUGGAACCUGGGGAUAUAAGCUCACCUUAGCUUUACUAUUCUCAAAAUUGCUCUCGAUAUUUGUUGUCGUUGGAGAAAUUUUCUUUAUUGGAUGGUUUAUGGGUGCUGGACAGAUGCACGGUUUGCGUGUUGUUGUCGAUGCACUAAAUGGCCGACAAUGGGAAAGUAGUGGGAAUUUCCCGAGGGUAACUUUUUGCGACCUUCAAGUACGAGAACUGGGAGGCGCCGUUCACCGAUGGUCUCUUCAAUGUGUUCUGAUGGAAACAGCGAUGAACAAAGACGUCGAUUCGAGAAAUGUCAGCGAUUUCUGCAAAGUUGGCCUCAAAACCGAUGGCGUCACGAUUAUACAUCUAAUAGAAGAGAAUGCCACUAUCUAUCAAGCUGGCGAAUUUGUAGUCCCGCUAUGGGAAGAAUUUAUGUCUGCCAAGACGAAAGUUGAAUAG